CCAGGAUUCAAUAUUGCUCCACUGAAAGUGACCAGUUUCCGCUGUAAAGUGACGAAAUCUGUGAAAUUACGGAUUGCCGCAACCAGUUCCUGUUGUGCAGCGCGCGGUUUUCAGUGCAGAAAUUGUGUUCACAAGUGGAGUCACUGUUUUUCACAUUCGCGCACGGCACCCCGAUUCCGUGUCCGUCUUGCGGUACUCUGCGAGCAAGUGCUUUUUCAAGGAAAAAGGUGUACUCUGUACUGUCCGGCUUCGCAAAUCUACGAAUAACAGUGGCAUUCAGUGAUUUUGGGUCGUGAUAUCAGAAAAUGGAAAUGUGAAGGCUGUUGUGGAAUUAUUGGGCGAGCAUUGGUCGUCUGGGGUUUUUUCAUGCUAAACGGAAGAAGCGGUGGCGGCAGCAGUGCCUUUCGGGGAAUCCGUCUAUUCGCAGACGACAUAUAGCUAAGCAUGUAUGCUGCCUGCUCUGCUGGCUAGCCACGCACGAAUACAUAAACAGGCAUUGUGAGAGACGCUAAGGGUAGAGAGAAAUUCCAACAAGUGCUGCCAAUAUCAUCGGAAAGAAAACGAAAGACCUAUUGACCAAGCGGCUCCCGGUACAGGAUCAUUCUAGGUUGCAGUGCGGUACUACCAGCGCGGAUAAGCGCGGCAAACCAGUAAUGGUGAUCCCUGCGCAAAUAAAUGCAAUAACAAAAAUAAAAUAAUACACAGCAACAAAACGCUCAGCCGGAGAUAUUCCGCUUGGUAGUCAGUCAGUCAGUUGAUUUGAACGGAAAUGCGGAAUUGUUUGUGAAACUCGCCGCAGAUCGGUGCCAGCAGCAGAACAGGAAACAACAGCACAUGCUGAGGGCGCUCUGUUGUUGCAGCGUAAGACAAGUUGUUCUCGAAUUGAAGAAAGAGAAUCAACGUUUACAGCCAGAAAAUAGUUUGCGUGACUAAUCGUGAAGAUUUUCUUUGUCAUUCAAGAGGUUCGGAGAUUUCCACACCUUAAACGAGACGGAAAAGCGUCUCGAGUGUAUAUGUAAGCGCGCGAGUGUCACGGUUGUUGGGGUGAAGAUAGAAGAAGAAAAUUCAUUGUGGGUGGAAAUCUUUCAAAUGUGUUCUACUAGCCGACAACUACGACGCCAAGCUCAGUGAUUGUUGUUCAGUGCUUGUUCCGCUAGAAGCCGAUGCAAAUGUGCUAUUGUAUGUGCAAUUCAGGCAGCAUAGUAUAUUGUUUAGCGUCAGCAGCGACAACAAGAGGUCGGUGCGGUGGUAAAUGAGCAAGUUUUAAAAGUGUGAAAAUCCAAAGUGAGCAUUCAAUCGAAUGGUGCAUUUAGUGCUGGAGUGAAAAGUGAUAGUAAUUGUAAAUAUAUUACACAAUUGUUAGUCUGGGCUGAGCAAUUAAAUUCACAAGUUGGUUGGUUGUUUGGCGUGACGAAUUUAAAACAGCACCAGAGUGGGCUAGGAAGAGCUUAUACCGGUUAGCCUUAACUAGUUGCAACCGAUCAUAUUGAACGCGCGGGUGAAUGUAUUUACCGGGGGCAUGAUAGUCCCCCCUCAUCUGGCCGCAACACUCAGCAACAGUGGUGGGGGGUCUGGUGGUAACAAUAACAGUACUGGAAACAGUAGCAGUAGUAGCAGUAGCAGUGGUUUGGCCGCCACAGGGGUAGGAGGAGCAGUAGCAGCAGGAUUGGGAAGCCACCUCGGAGUUGGGAUAGUAGCGGGUGGGAUCACAUCAGCAACCGGAGCGUCGCUAGCGGUUAGCGACAGCCAGGAUAGCUUGAGUGGUUUUAUACUCACGGGGGGUGGUGGAGGCGGAGGAAACGGUAACGGAAGUGGUAGCAGUGGUAGCGGCUCCAGCCGCACCGGAUCUAGCAACGGUAGCGGCAAUCGAAUUCUCGCGGUCAAUCGCAACAUUGACGAUUUACUGUUCGGCAGUGAUUUAGACUCACUAAUCAAUGACAAUAUCAUAAAUGGAUUUAAGUCGCUAAAAGUGGCGAAAUCGCAGUCGCAGGACAACUUGGAUUUUCAUCUUCAUCAGCAGCAUCCUCAUCAUCAGCCAUUUUAUCACCAUUAUCAUUCACAUCAGUUGCGCUCAUUGCCACCGAUACAACAGCAACAGCAGCAGCAGCAGCAACAGCAGCUUCAGACGCCUGCAUCGUUAAAUUAUCAAUCUUAUCAUCAUCAUCUGCAGCAGCAGCAGCAGCAGCAACAAGUAAAUCACUGGAUUGAAUCGGAUAUCGUAGCAAGCAGUAAGAUGCUGACGGACAAGGCGAAACAGAAAUUAGCAGCACAAUAUGCAUCCGGAAAUGUUCCUGACUCAACGCGGCAAAGGCAUCAUGCGCCGCUUUACGGAAGACUGGUUACAGAAGAACACUUACCUGCCGUUCAUCGUGAUAUACAUCAGCGUACGAUUAGUCCCACAUCAUCGACAGACAUUCGGGCGAUGCAAGCUCGGAUACCAUCGCAUUUUCGAGAUCCAUCGACGGCACCACUGCGGAAGCUGAGCGUGGAUCUGAUCAAAACCUACAAACACAUUAAUGAGGUGUACUAUGCCAAAAAGAAACGAAGAGCUCAACAGACCCAGGGUGAGGAUACGUCACAUAAAAAAGAGCGAAAGCUAUACAACGAUGGUUACGACGACGAAAACCAUGACUACAUCAUCAAAAAUGGAGAGAAGUUUCUCGAUCGCUAUGAAAUCGAUUCGCUUAUCGGUAAGGGUAGCUUCGGUCAGGUAGUAAAAGCGUACGAUCACGAAGAAGAAUGCCAGGUGGCGAUUAAGAUCAUCAAGAACAAGAGACCCUUUUUAAGUCAAGCGCAAAUCGAGGUGAACUUGCUAGAGAUGAUGAACCGAGCGGACGCGGAAAACAAGUACUACAUCGUUAAGCUGAAGCGACAUUUCAUGUGGCGAAAUCAUCUGUGUUUAGUAUUCGAGCUGUUAUCCUAUAAUUUAUACGACUUACUGCGCAAUACGAACUUCCGCGGUGUUUCACUGAAUCUGACGCGAAAGUUUGCCCAGCAAUUGUGUACGGCGUUGUUAUUUUUAAGUUCACAAGAAUUAAAUAUCAUACACUGUGAUUUAAAACCAGAAAAUAUAUUAUUAUGUAACCCUAAGCGGUCAGCAAUUAAGAUAGUAGAUUUUGGCAGUUCGUGUCAACUAGGACAAAGGAUAUAUCAAUACAUACAAUCACGUUUCUACCGCUCGCCCGAGGUACUACUAGGCAUACCGUAUGACUUAGCAAUAGACAUGUGGUCGCUCGGAUGCAUACUGGUGGAAAUGCACACUGGUGAGCCGCUGUUUUCCGGUUCGAAUGAAGCAGACCAAAUAAACAAGAUCGUUGAGGUGCUCGGUAUGCCGCCGAAACACAUCCUUGACCAGGCGCACAAAACUCGCAAAUUCUUCGAGAAGCACCCGGACGGUAGCUACGUACUGCGAAAGACGCAAAACCAGCGUAAGUACAAGGCACCCGGCUCGCGCAAGCUGCACGACAUCCUGGGGGUGGAAACGGGUGGCCCCGGCGGCCGGAGGCACGGUGAGCCGGGUCACAGCGUGUCCGACUACCUGAAGUUCAAGGAUCUUAUACUGAGGAUGCUGGAUUAUGACCCAAAAACCCGCUGUACACCGUAUUAUGCCUUGCAACAUAACUUCUUCAAGCGAACGUCGGACGAGAGCACCAACACGGCGAACACGAUCAGCUCACUCAGCACAAGUCCGUCGGUUAGCACACAGGAUCCCAGUAAUCACGGUCUAUCAUCGUUACAACACCAAGCUCAGUCAGCGCACCAGCAACCGCAACAGCAACAAUCACAACAACAGCAGCAACAGCAACAACAGCAGCAGCAACAGCAACAACAACCACAACAGCUGCACCAUCAACCGACAGCGGUGCAGGCGCAAUCCGCAAGCAUGCUUAUACUUUCGCAAGCGGCGGCGGCCGUCGGUCUGGGUGGAAAUGCCGGAUCCGGGGGCGGCGUUACCGUAACUGCCGUCAACAGCUUGAACAGCACCAACAACAGUGGCAGCAGUAACAACCUUAGUAACAACAACCCACUGGCUAUGGAAUGUGAUCCACCGGUAGGGACAGUCCAUUCUGUUCUUUCAAACUCCGCCAAUCCGAACCAUUAUCACCGCAGCCGAUAUAUUCAGCAUCAACAGCAAAACCAUCAACAGCAGCAACAGCAACAGCAACAACAGCAGCAGCAGCACCAGUUGCUUGGUCAUAAGAGUUACGCCCCUGCUUCACUGCCAAUCGAUUUGGGGGGCAUGACGCAUGUUGGUCAAGCGAUUGAUUCCUCUGCCGCGGCAUUGAUGUCUGGCAGCUUCAUUAGUCAUCCGUCAGCUGUGGUUGGCGGUACCAGUAGCAGUAGCAGUAGUGCCGGCAACGGCAACGGAAGUAGUAGGAGUUUAUUAUCUCAUAGCGCGAACUAUGCGCCGUUCUCAAUGAACGACGCAGCCUUGCUAAUGAGUCACACCGGCGGUCUGGGCGCAGGCCAUGGUGGCGUUCUAGGAUUGGUCCCGGUAGUCGGAGUGGGUCCUAUCUGUAACAGCGGGAUAGCCGGCCCGAAUUCACUGAUUGGCAGCGUUAGUGGUGGUGUUGGACCUAUUGGAAGCGUAGGCGUUGGUGGCGGUAGCGGUGGUGGUAGCAGCAGCAGUAGUAGUGCUAGCUCGAAGGGUCUAGGGCGUGCCGCUGCGGCAGCAGCCGUUGCUGCCGCGGCUUCCAGCGAGCGGGACGAAUCGCCCAUGGUUGGCGUUUGUGUUCAGCCUAGUCCGGUCAUAAUCCACUGACGAAUGUGGUUAGGUGGGGAAAGCAGCGGUGAGGGAGCAGGAGGAUGAAGUGUUUGGAGCGUUUGGAAUGCCGAGGUGCAAACUAUGCUGCAUGCAUCCUGGGCGAAUGAGUGUGUGGGAAGCAAAAAGAGAGCGCGUGCUAGUGAAUGGAAAAUUGACAGGCGGCUUAAUAUUUUGUAUACUAUUGUAGAAAAUCUGUUUUCUCAGUCUUCUGAUGCUUUGUGGUGCUGAACGUUUUUAUAUGUUCACGAUAGUGGCAAAAAAUGCAAACUUCGGUUGGUUGGUCCUUCGAUAAGGAUCUCGAGAUUUCAGAAACAACGCGGGACGUGAAAAAUUCGUAGAUUCGAACUUCUAUCUAAUUUUUGAAUGUAAAAUGUUAGGUACAUGUACAGAAGAAAAGUACAUGCUCGUAUUAAAAUCAAUUAUGUUAAUAUGCAUUUCGAAAUAGUGCAAUAAAAUGCAACAUUAAGCUCAGUCGUGUUUGAAGGAAAACAUAACUUAACUUCUGUUCGUUUGUAUUAAUGGGCCUUGGGUUGAAGUGUUUCUAAUAGUGUUUUUAAUUUAAUGCUGGCAGGUUUAGUGUGUGAUCGAUGGUAUACUACUUUCGUAGAAAAAGAGUAAUAAAAGCUUCCGGAGUUGCUUACCAGCAGAGCCGUAGCGUGACAUUAUGGCACCCUUGGCGAAGAUCCGAUUUGACACCCUCUCGUUUCCUAAUUCAGUGUUCUUUCAGGGUUUAUCAAUUGUCCAUUAACAACAGUUGGUCGACUGAAGUUUUUGGAGCGUCUUAGUAGAAUACGAAACCUAAAAAUAAAAAAUAAGAAAACUUAUCCAAUUUAAUUCUACUAUGUGUAUUUUAUUCAAUGACAGAUACGUAUUUCGCCUACGACUUGCAGGCUUUCUCGAAA